AUGGCGGAAAAAGCAAUGAAUGAAACCAUUUGCUAUCCAAAAAUUGUAAAUUCCUUAUCAGAAACUGUCAAUUUUGGUGGUAUCACAGUGAACAGUCAUGCAAUUACCGCAGCAACAAUCAACGCGACAGGUGUCGCUGAUCAACAUGUACAAUACAAAGUUGAACUUCACAAAGUUAAUUUAGAUGGUACCCUACAACCAAUCAAUGGUUCUAUUUUUGUUGGUGAUAAUAUCGUUUAUAUCAUUCGGAUUAGCUCAUUAGCAACAGAUGCGCGAAUUGGACAUUGUUGGGCGCAUGAUAAGCAAUCAACAUUGCAACUUUCGGAUGAUAAUGGCUGUAGCAUACAACUUAUUGGUAAUGUUUGGAAUAAUUUUCAACGUCAACAACAUGAUAACAAUAUCAUUUUCCGAAAUCAAAUUAAAGCAUGGGCAUUUCCUACAAGCCAGAUACCACAAUUGGCCAGCUAA